GGCUACCGUGCAACGGCACGGCGCCGUCGCCGUGACACGGUACGACGCCGUGCCGCACCACGGUGCCGCGGGCGAUGUGCGCGGGGGGCAAUUCUCAGUCGAUAUUUCGCAGUUGUUGUACUCGGACGUGGUUAUCUGGAUAUGGAUCACGAAAUUAUUCUCCUGAUGUUACUAAGACGACGAAUGAAAAAAAAACAGAAACAGAGGAAAUUUUGGGUAAAUCCAUAUAUUCUUACAAUGAACCAAGAUGGAGGUCAUUUCAAAAGGAAAUAUGAAGCCCUAAAAAUAUGUGGGAAUGAGAAAUUUUUUGAAUAUUUUAGAAUGACCAUAACAAGUUUUGAACAACUAUUUACCAAAUUAGCACCUCGUUUACAAAAACAAUACGUGUUCAGAAAACCUGUUGAUCCUAUUGAGAAGCUUGGUUUAACUGUCAGGUUUUUGGCAACAGGGAAUUCAUUUAGAGAUAUGGAAUUCACAGAUUAUCGAGGAAAAAGUACAAUCAGCAGAAUAGUGCAAGAAGUAUGUCGUGCUAUUUGGGACAUUCUUUUAUCUGAAUGUAUACCGACAAUAACCGAAGAGCUUAUGGAACAAAUAGCGGAAGACUUUGACAAAAAAACAAAUUUCCCAAAUUGCAUGGGGGCCUUAGACGGGAAGCACAUUCGCAUUAACAGUCCCGCCCACAGUGGAUCUCUUUUUUUCAACUAUAAAAACUAUAAUUCUAUCGUGUUGCUGGGACUAGUCGAUUCUAAAUACAGAUUUGUGUAUGUCGAUAUUGGAGCGUAUGGAAAAGAAUGUGAUUCGACAAUUUUUCAGAACACAAAACUAUAUGAAUUAUUAAUUCAACAUCGACUCCCCAUACCAGUUUCAAAGCCUUUGCCAGGCCUUCAAAAACCAGUUCCGUAUGUCUUUAUUGCAGAUGAAGGCCUACCGUUAAUGAGUAAUCUAAUGCGUCCAUACUCAGGGAAACAUUUAAGUAUUGAUCAAAGAAUUUUUAAUUACCGUUUGAGUCGGGCCAGACGAAAUGUCGAGUGUGCUUUUGGCAUACUUGCAAAUAAAUGGCGUAUAUUUCACAGGCCUUUAAACGUCAAAUAUGAUUUUGCAACAGACAUUAUCAAAGCAUGCUGUGUAUUGCACAACUUUGUUGUAUCUCGAGAUGGAAGUAAAAUGUCCGAAGAACUGUAUAUCGAUGACUUCCUUUUGGACUUGCGACAAACUAUAGAUGACGUUUCUUUAUCAAAUCCAGUAAAUAUAAGAGACGAGUUUUCUAAAUAUUUGAAUAGCGAUGUUGGCGCGCUUAGUUGGCAAUUAACCAAAAUAUAACUCAAAACCAGUCACGAAAAAAAAAGAAAUUCCUACCUGCCUUCUAUUAUCAAGACUGAAUUCCUAUGUGGAAGAGACGUCAUCUCAAAGUACACAGGAACUGUAUGGUGUACAACCAUUAUUAUAGAUCUUAUUACAGCAGCGCAAGUUCUAUUUCUGCAUAAAAAUAUAUCUCGAUGAGACCACGACUGUACCUACUCCAUUAUCAUAAAAACAUUAAAAACAAAUAAAUGUUAGUACUCACCCA